CUAUAAUAACCAAACUGAAAAGCAAAUGUUUCGUACUACUUGGGGCAUUAUUCCAACCCUCACCAUUCUCCGACAAGGAUUCUUCCCCUGUUACCUGCUUCAAUCAUUCGUUAGUUUCGUUAGUCCAAAAUGAUUGGCUUUCGUUUGCGCAGUCGGACGUUGCUAGUCGUGAUCUUCAACAUUUGCGUCUAUACUUUGCUGACGAUUGAAGAAGAGCGCAUUUUGACCUACUGGAAACAAACCGCAGAGACUUACCAUCAUACAACUAGAGUACUACGUGUACCGGUACCGGUAGUUGCCAAUGAAAGAUCGCAUGCCGAUACGAUUGUGCUUCCGGCAACUGAAGCAGGAGGAGAUCGUGGCAUUGGCGUUGGGACCUACGGUACCCUUCAUUCGGGUCAAGAAUCUUCUGCAGAUCCUUACAAACCCAAGACAACCGAGACUUCUGCGAUUGCUACUGAUGCGCUUCGACCAAGGCAUCCUCCCGAGCAUAUUGGUGCUGCUAGAUCACCGUCGUCAGGGCCAGAAAAUGCAGAACCUUACAGGAGCGUGGCUAAGACUGAAGAUGGGACUAAAAUGCGUCGACCAGAAGAAAAGACCAACCUGAGGAGAGAGUCACGGCCUGCUGUAUCUCAAUCGGAGGACGAGUCGGAAUCAGAGUCAGAAUCAGUCGAUGAAACGGUCGACCAGAGGAAACGUCUGUUCAAGAAGAGCAAAAGGAACCACUCUUCUGCAAAGCAACAGUCACCACCGAAAAUCGCAAUCUACAUGACUACGAGUAUGAGUUUUGUCCACCGUUUCUUUCUUCAAAAGUGCUGGCCCACUUCGAUGGAGCGACUCGAGUUGGUCCAGAAGGCGGAUUUGAUUGUGUACACCAGCGACUUGUCGGGGGAGUUCGACAAGGACAUUACCAGUUUGGGAUUUAAGAAUGUUGUCUUUCACCGAUUCGAAGAAACCCCCUUUGCGGAUAUGACGCGAAGUCAGGUUCGGCAGAAACAAGAAGGUGCCGUCCGAGCCAUGUUGGAUCCCUUCCAAGACAAGAAUCACCAAUGGUUUGAAGGCUACGACUGGAUCAUUCGCCUCAACCCGGAUGUUCUGAUUCGAAAUGAUACCUGGAUGCUGCAGCAAAUGAUGAAACAGACGGAAGAUAACGAACCUGCUGUGGAUGCCAUUUUCGGAGCUUGGUCAGAACAUCCGAAUGCGCUGCUGACGGAUUUCCAUGCCUUUCGACCACACGCUGUGAACGUGACAGCAUUGUUUCAGAAAUACGAAAGGUUUCGGCCAGGGGAAAGUCAUGCCGAGAGCCAUAUUUACCCCGGCUUUGCCCAUCUCAUCCAAUCUGGACGAGUAGCAUGGAUCCCAAACAUUGAGUUUCCGGGCUUGGCUGCCAGAAUAGGGGGCGCCAAAUGUGACAUUGUCCAUGAUCACAAGUUCAUUAACUUCUGCAAAAAGAAUCGUGACCCUGGUUAUAUGGAUUACAACGUCAGCUACAACAAGGACAAGCACCUCGAACUUGUUGAAUAGGCAGGACUCAUUUCGAACGAACACACGUGCCAGUUUAGUAUACAAGCAACACAAUGCACACGCGACAUGGUAAGAUACUCUCUAGAGAUAGUAAUGUUUUGCUCAACAAACCAAGUGGCCCCGAGCUACGGCUGGAAACGGCAACAGCGGCGAGCAAAGACGGAAACGAAGACAGAAUGGGUACUGUGCCAACCUACUUCUUUUGCUGGCUGCCGAUCCGCGAUGCUCAAGGUCUUUCCGUGGGCUCCUCGGCCGUGCUCACAGAGACAGAGCGACAAGUGAACAACCGCUUAGAGUAUGUUUUUGACGCAACACAUGACUCCCAGCUGGUCUCGGCAUCAGGCAGGUGUAUGCACCGGUAUGCGGUGGAUAACUGUAGUCCAAGAAAUUUUCGAGCACAAAAAGUACAGGCGGUACACUGUACGUCUUCCCCGUCUGCGUACAAGCUGAGCCAUCGAGUUGUCGCAAAGCUCCUUCUCCGUAUAGAAUCGCAACAACAUGUCGUUGCAGGGAUUGUGUGCCGUUAUGUCACUCCAAGAAUUCUGCGCGUCUUCUCGACUCGACUCGAAACCAUGCAGCGGCGGGAUGUCCUGUAUCUUCGUGCAUGAACAACGGCGAGGCCCAGAGGACCGUGAGGGGUUUGCAGCGUUUCCCUCGGGCGGACGACAACAAGGAAUGUAUCUAUGCAUCUAUGGAUCUAGCUAGCUAUAGGAAGGAUUAAUGAACGAAAGAGAGGUUUUUUGAUUGAUCGAUUGAUGCUAUAAAAGUUUAUGUUUGAAAAAUUGCUACUAUUGUUGUCUGAGCAUUUUGUGCCCCACAGUGGCAGAAUUGAACCCUUGGGUUCAAUCUGCCAAUCACUGUGCCGCUGUAACCUUUACAUGAGAAUCCAAACAUCUGCUCCUGUCACACCUGAUAGCAGAAGGGAUCUCACAGGCCCACUAUUACACGGAGUUUAAAUUCCAGUCAGUAUUGGUAACAAGUGUCAUUUUUCACACUUCCUCUCGGGAACCAGUAUCACCCCCAUUUCUGGGGGUGCCAGAACCUCAGAGUUGCUUUGGACUCCCUCACCUGGAGCCAUCACAAUCACCUCACCAGAACUUCCAACACAUCUCCAUCAUCUUGGAUGGAACAGAAAGGAGGUUCAGUCACUCGGCACAGCCGCCGAGUGCUGCCCUCCCCCAUUGUCAACAGCUCACCACCUCGACCAACCUCCUUUGGAGUGUUGCGGAUGAGUCUCUUGACAGAAUGCUACAAACCAGUCCUUUUGUGGACCAUCUUGCUCACACCUACAUCGGUGUCAAAGUCGAAGAGUCAUGCGGUACACCUAUCAGAGUCUCCACAAGGGAAGACUCUGGGUGCCCAAUGCAUGUUGAUUUGCAAAGCAGCAAUUUAUGAGCUCACGGAAAGUGAAAGUGGAUCCUCGAGAUCGAGAUGAAACGGAACCAGUAAGGGUGGUUUCCGAUACACCGUUUUCGCACCGUUUCGGGGGUGCGGUUUCGACCUGUUGCCAUCGAUCGGGAUCUUUUGGUCGAAAACCGACCUUCCAUCGAGAAUUCACUCGUGUUUUGAAACCUGAAUAGGAUUAGACUGAAAACUCGUAAACCAUCCCGAUGGAUCAUGGUUAAGGAUGAUGGCAGCCGUCAUACUAGACUAGUACGAUAGUAUACGAAGGUCGUGAUGUGUUGCGAUAGCUGUUCAAUACC